AUGAAGUUCCCCGAGAUUGUGCUUCCUGUCUCCUCCUCCAAUUGCUCUUUGGAUGUGUCUGUCUUGUCAAUGGGCUCCUCUUGUGAUUCCUGUUCCUCCUUCAGUUCCAUGGACCCUCCUCCCAGGAGAAAGCCUUCCCAAGAUAGAUUAACUGCUGGUAUGCAGGUGCAUCGUCGCAGAAAGUCGAAUGUCAAGUUUAACUUCAAAGGAACCAACAAGUCGCGAUGGACCAAUAAUAUGGAGGCCAUCAGCAGCGCCGGAAUGACGUCCGUACCUUUCCGCAAACCCAGCAACCCUGGUCUGGUCCACAUGCACCAUGCUCCCAAUCGACAAAGCGACAUUGCAGCCAAUCUUCCCUGCCGCAAAUGCAGUGAUCCUCGUCUCUACAAGUUGGUUGUGGACGCACCCGCCAGCGCACCCACACGCAAAUUCAGCAAUCCCACUCCUCUCUUCCAUUUGGGUGGCUUGCGCAGCAGUCCCCAGCAAGGCAAGGCCGCCACGGCAGCUUUGAACCAAGCUUUCAACAACAGUGGUUCUUCCUUGUCUUCCUCAGGCUCAUCCUCCGCAAACUCCAACUUUCGCUGGAAGACUGGAUCUCAGUUCUGUGCGCACCCUCCUCUCCGCAGCACGAAUCCACUCAGAGGCAAGGCGCAGCCUCCUUCAAGACCUAAUCGCAAAGGAUCUCUCAUGGACUUCAACAUUCUCUCCUCCUGGGAUGUGUCUCCCUGCCAGUGUCCUCAUGAUGACAUCCGCCACACGUCCAUCACGGAAGGGCUCGAUAACUCAGAGCAUUCCACUGACAGCAUGCCUCCACCUCUUCCUGCUCGCAAGGAGAGUCUCAUGGACUUUGAUGAUGCUCUUUCCACGGCGGCCAACUCGGGCUGCGGUCAUUUCCACCCAAGUCCAAGAACUCAGGUGCGAAGGUUUGUUCAACACAACCUCCAAAAAUCCAUGCCUUCCGUGCCGCUUCGACGUGGUAGCAUCAUGCCACCACCCCCAGAGUUUGCCAGGCAGGUGAGCUCCGCCUCAUCGGCCCCUGUCAUUCCAGCUCGACAGGAAAGCCUCAUGGACUUGAAUGACUUGUAG